GUUAGUAUCCAUGCUUACUAAUAUCAACAUUGUAGAAAGGAGUAUCAGGCAUCUUGCUGAUAUAUUGUUAUCGAUGCAUUUGUUGUCGAUUUGGAGAUAUCUUGUACGAAACUAGGCACGGAGUUUCUGCAAAAUUUGAUGCCGAUUAAUUUUUCGAGUUAGAAAAUUCAUGAGUCAAACCACGCACAACGGCGAACGAAGUGGGACGUGGAAUACCUGAGUUGACGAAAGUCAUCGGCGGCAGGUUUUUAUUGGAGACAAUGCUAACAGGGUCUGUGCUGUUGGAGCUUAUCCUCCACGGUUUAGCAACGCUGUGCUAAGCUGCGGGUACGUCCAGCACCCGCAGUCAUCUCUUUCAACGAAUCCCUGCACAUCCUCACAAUAAACACAAACAGCAAGAUGGACGAACAGAUGAAAGCCCAAGAGGACAUUAUUAAAGCUAAGGAGCUUGAAGAGAAGAGGAAGAUGGACCGCGAGGAGAACUUCCACGAUAUUUUCAGACCAGUCGGAAAGUUUGACGUCUCGUAUGCAGACUGGGAGCCAGUGCCUGAAAAUCGACAUAAUUUCUCUGAGAGGGAUUAUAGUGUGCACAGAAAGCGUGAGUUUCCUCAUGUCCAUCAUCCCCUCAAGUCACUCAAGAAGAAGAAAAAGCGCAGGGAUCAGCGCAAAAGGAAGAAGAAAAAGAAACAUGAGGUGAAGUUUACCCCGUCUUUACCUGGAGUGGAAGAAGAUGAUGAGCCCGAUUACUCGUUGUGCCCCAGAGGCCGUUCAUGUAGUUUUGAAUCGUGGGAUUCUGACACUUCCAGUUCGAGUCUCAGUGGUGAAGAUUCCGACAUCCCACCUGUGUCGAGCGUGCCAUCGAUCCAGGUCGACCCACCUAAAGAUGGUGAGACUAAGAAACGACCGACACAUAUCGGCUUUAAACCUGAAGUGGGUGAAAGUCCAACACGACACCGACCACCGGGGAUGGAUGAGGCAACAAGGGUUGGCCUACCAUCUGUUGAUAGUCCUGAUGGUUUAUUAUCACCUGCAGAUGGCACCAGGAAGAAGUCAACUGGCUCACUUCCAGGCAGUAGAAGGAACUCAGAUUCUACAAAGCUUCCUGGCACAGGAACACCUCGCAAAAGUUCUAUCAAAAACACCGAUUUGAGAAUGGCAUUUUUGAACCGGAAACUUAGUGAGACUGGUCUGCCAAGUCCCAUGUCAACGGAUUCUUUACGGUCGACACCAGAAGUAGCAGCUGAGGAGUUCCAUGUCGAGUCCACCUAUGUCCCAGAGCCAUCACGCAUGUUUGCCAGUGGUAGUGACCCAGUUGUGUCCAUUUGUAACCAGCAGGAGUUGCCUGAAUUCUCGGCCGACCCUGCCGCCAAAGUGAAGUUUUCACUUGGUGACGAUGAUGAGGAGGAUCAUUUACGUGAGACUGAGGCUCUGAUGGCUAAUUAUGACGCAGAAUCGCCAGAUAUCGCUCUGUCCCCGGCGUUGGAGAGUGACGAGAGGACCACAUCGCAGCCUGAUGCUAAACCUAAGAAACACAAGCACCACCACCACCACCACCACCACAAGCGGCGCCACCACUACCCACAAGAGAACUACAACCUGGAGGACCUAUUGGAGCGCCGGCACGCUGGCAGUGAGACAUCAAUCCAUCCGUCGCUGAAACGAGUGCCAACAGAGCCUGAUGAAGCCGCACUACUACAUCUGGCUGCUCUUGAUAAUAUGAAAAGUCAUAGGUUGGAAGAUGCCCGCGGUAUUCGGCGUCACAAGAUCCGCCACAGUGCCAUGGCUUCUAUCGUCUCCAUCGGCAAGGCUGAAGAUCCUAGACGACCAUCGCACACUCCGGCCAGGAUGAGGCAGUAUGAUCAUAGUCCACACGAUGUGUUUGUUGAAUUAGACGAGUUGUUUGUUGGUGACCAAAACGAGCUGGAAUGGCGUGAGAAGGCGCGUUGGAUCAAAUUUGAAGAGGAUGUUGAGGAAGAUGCUGAGAAAUGGGGCAAACCUCACGUGGCCUCUCUCUCAUUUCAUAGUCUGCUUGAUCUGAGGCGAUGUCUUGAGAAAUGUGCCAUCCUCCUAGAUCUGGAGGCCAGCGACCUCACCUCCAUCGUGUCACAGACCGUAGACAAGCUGGUCAUCGCUGAUCAAAUCACUGAUGACGACCGUCCCAAGGUGUUCAGGGCGCUACUUCUAAAACACAAACAUGUCGAGGCUCAGCGUAUCAGUCGUCGCCGUACUAUGCCAGCUGUUCAUAUUGAAGCUCUCAGCGAACUCGGGCGCCGUUUCUCUUCAUUCUCACCAGAUAGAGGGCGCUCAGCUUCUGUUGCUAACCGUGAUGCGAUCGAGUUGGAGGAAUUAGUGCACAUGCACGAUGAUAAACAAACAGCUGCUAAUGUUGUUAGGAACCUCUCCUCGGCAAGCCUUACUAGGGUCCUCGGCUCGAGCCACAGCCUUAAGGAAAAGGAGAGCAAGUUGCCAUCAAAAGGUGACUCCACCAGUACUGUUGAAGCGAUCUCAUACACUAAAGUGGACGAUGUUCAUGUUGAUAUUGAUAAUAACACAGUAAGUGCACAAGAUGAGACAGUAUCAUUAGAGGUACCUAAACUGAAGCGGCCAGAGACAGCUGGUGGCAGGCAGCAGCAUGACAUCAUGAAGAAGAUCCCCAAAGGUUCCGAGGCAAUGACUGUGUUAGUCGGUGCUGUGGAGUUUCUCGACAAACCCAUCAUGGCUUUCAUUCGCUUGGCUGAAGGACAGUAUUUGGCUAAUCUGACUGAGGUGCCAUUGCCAGUGCGAUUCCUCUUCAUACUGCUGGGACCUGAGCAUGCUGGUCUUGACUACCACGAGAUGGGCCGCUCUGUUUCUACACUUAUGUCCAAUAAGAUGUUCCAUGACACUGCUUACCAUGCGGACCGGCGCCAAGAUCUCCUCUCAGCCAUCAACACUUUCCUGGAUGACUCGAUCGUGCUGCCCCCUGGUGAAUGGGACAGGGACACGUUGCUGCCGAUGAAGGUGAAUGAGGUGCGUCAGCGGAGACGGAAACAGGAGAAGAAGGAGAGAGAGGAGAAGGAGAGGAAAGAGCCAAAGGACGAGGUGGAUUCCACGUCACUGUUGGAGGCUGAGAAAGCUGCAAAGAUGGAUAUGGAUCCUCUACUCCGGACCAAGCGUGUGUUUGGUGGCCUUGUCAAUGACGUCAAGAUCCGAUACCCAUUCUACCUCAGCGACAUUAAAGAUGGUCUCAAUAGUCAAUGUUUCGCUGCAUUUAUUUUUAUAUACUUUGCGUGUCUGGCUCCUGCUAUCACAUUUGGUGGUCUCCUUGGUGAGAAAACGAAUGGUUGGAUGGGAGUAGGUGAAAUGUUUGUCGGUGUUUGUGUUUGUGGCCUCAUCUUCACAGUCUUCUCUGGUCAGCCCCUCCUCAUCCUUGGACACACUGGACCCCUCUUGGUGUUUGAAGAGGCCAUGUAUGGGUUCUGUUCGAGUAACAACCUCACCUACAUGCCGAUGCGAGCAUGGAUUGGCAUAUGGGUGAUGCUCAUCACAAUCGUGGUGGUGAUGUUAGAAGGCAGUGUCCUUGUCCGCUAUAUAACAAGUUUUACAGAGGAGGUCUUCGCUACCCUUAUCUCGCUGAUCUUUAUAUAUGAAGUAUUUAGAAAGCUUUAUGUGAUAUUUACCCAGCAUCCUCUGCUGUCAGUUUACCCAGGUCCGUGUCUGGUUCCUGAGGCAUCGCUAAACAACACCACAGAUGUCUUGAACGCCUCCUACCUUGUCAUGACCACACUAAUGCCCUCGACAGUGGAUUAUGCAAACCUGUCAUUGGGGAACGAGACAAUAGUGAAACCAGCGGAACCAUUGAACCAACCCAACACGUUCCUUCUCUGUGUCAUUCUCACAUUUGGAACAUUCAUCAUCGCAAAUCUUCUACGGAGGUUCCGCAAUAGUAAUCUUCUUGGCCGGACAGCUCGGCGGGCAAUUGGUGAUUUUGGAAUCCCGAUAGCAAUUAUUAUUAUGACAUUGGUGGAUUAUUUCAUUGCCGAUGUUUAUACACAGAAACUGAAUGUUCCACCAGGAAUCCAACCAACAUCUGCUGAGCGGAAGAGUUGGUUUAUCAACCCAAUGGACGAGAUCGAAAUUUGGCAGAUCUUUGCUGCUAUCAUUCCAGCUUUCCUCAUUUUCAUCUUGUUCUUCAUGGAGACAUCGAUUACAGGGGUGAUCGUUAAUAAAAAGGAGCGGAGGUUAAAGAAAGGUUCAGGCUUCCAUCUUGAUCUAUUCAUCAUCGGUAUCUUGAAUGGAUUCUGUGGCGUCUUCGGCCUGCCGUUUAUGACAGCUGCCACGGUGCGGUCGGUGACUCACGUCUCGGCACUGACUGUCUUUAGUAAAACGCACGCCCCUGGUGAGAAACCAAAGCUUUUAGAAGUGAAGGAGCAACGUCUCACAAACUUCCUUGUCCAUGUAUUGAUUGGUAUAUCGGUGCUAAUGAGUCCUGUCCUGAAGGAGAUUCCUAUAGCUGUACUAUUCGGUGUCUUCCUCUACAUGGGCGUGGCCUCUAUGAGUGGCAUUACAUUACUUGAUCGGUGCUUGUUGGUCUUGAUGCCAGAGAAACAUCAUCCCGAGGUGGAUUAUGUGAAGAAGGUGAGAACACGUAAGAUGCAUUUGUUUACGUUCCUGCAAGUUCUCUGGCUGGUCAUUCUCUGGAUCGUGAAAUCAACAGCCGCUUCACUAGGCUUCCCAUUCUUCCUGCUGAUGAUGAUACCAUUCAGAUUGUUUCUCCUCAAGUUCAUGUUUGAGAAGAAGGAGCUUGCCGCGCUUGAUUCUGAAGAAGUUGAGGUUGAGGAGGAUGAUGGGAACGAGGCUGAUGACGAGGCAGGUGAUGACGAGCCUGAUUUCUACCAAGGCAGCCAUCUUCCCUCUCACCCCAGAUUGUCUAUGGCCCACUUGUACCAACACCCUAGCAAUGCCAGCUUCACGCGCACACCAAGCCUAGUGCCAAGUUAGUUAUUAUCUUAUCAUGCCAGUUGAGAUUGUCUUGAUGCUCCAGUGGUAUGUUGACCUGAUGACUGUCGACAUCCAUUCAGGCACGUUAACUUGGCCAUUUGAAGCUGACUUGUGCUGCUCUAGCUCCGUGUACCUAUAGCACUUGGAUUACUCGAGCUCAGCUCUUGGUUGAAGUUUGACUCGUUAUAAACUAAUUUGAUCUUUGUGUAUCGUUGUCAUGCUGAAGUUGGGAGUGUGCUGGUCACAUGAACUAUGGAACCAAUGUCUGUCUGUCCUAUAUCCAAGCUCUCUUUAUUCAUGCUAGCUAGACUUGAAUAGAAGCUUGCUACACCAUGGGGUGUAUGACAUCGCCUGCUUGUACAUGCCUUGCCUGUUCCCAUUCUUUAGCCAAGCUUCACUUUACUAAAAGAUGGGACCAAACUAUGUACCUAGGAAAUCUGGGUUGCUUGCUAGACAAGUUCAUUCACCUUAAAACAUAUACAUGUAGCUAAUUUUCCAACAAUGAGCAUUUAUUGUGUAUGUCAUUUGUAAAGCUUGCAUGCUGUUUUCUACUUGUUCCUUUCACAUUUUGUAAAUUUUAUAUUUUGUACCAGUGUGACUAGGGCUUUCUGUGCUAAUUUCUAAAAGAUGUUUGGGAUAGGGGAAGUGUCUGAUAGAGCUGUUUAUAGUCAAAUCAAAUAAAAUAAGUUCAUUGAUGUCUAUUAAAAAAUGACAUUUCAUAUGAGCAGAAGAUCCACUAACCUUGUUAGAGAAGAGGUGAAACUGUCACAUAGGAUGCUGAGCAUAUGUCAAAGACAUUAACAGUAAAGUGCUGACUUUUUAUAGUGUAUAUUAUAAGAGAUAUUGUAGAAAACUAAUCAUAUAUGGAGAUGCGUAGAAUUUGUCUGACAGUCAGAUGGAAGCGAUUGGCUUCUGCAUGGUGUGCAAUAAAUAAACAUAUGGAAUGUUAAAAUAAAUAUACUGUGCAGGCACUAUUUAACGUGUUUAGUGGGUCUGACUCACAUUGGCCUAAUACACUUCAUAUUACAGGCCUUCUGCACAGGCACAGGCUAAAUAGUGUCUAAACAGUAUGCUAUGUCUAAAUAAACACAUAAAAUGUUAAAAUAAACCUGUGUAAUAUCUAUUGAGUUGAAUGUUUGGGAUUCAUAGGAAUAGUAAGUGGGUGGUAAGCACAAGUACUGGUAGUUUCUGCACACCAUGACCUAGAUGUAUGAAGAGGAUUUUGCUUCUGCUAAUGGGAAUUGUAACCUUGGUAUUUUGUUCAUUUUGCUACAGUUGUAGUUUAAAGAUAAAAUAGUGUAUUUCAUCGAUCAUGUGAGGAUGAAGUUAACCUUUACCAAUAUAAUUGGUAGUUAACUUUGUUAAUGAAUAUGUGGUGAACUAAUGUUCACUUUAAGGAUGGAGGUUGCAUUCUUUGAGAGAAAAAAAAUCGUGAAAUCUAUCAUCUGAAAAGAUGAGAUUUUCUGCUGGAUUGACCUCGAUCAUUGAAGUGUCCAAGAGCGGCCAUGUUCCAGAGUCCUCCAGAGACCUGGCUGGUUUUGUAAGUUAAGCAUGUGAUGCUCUCAUAGUACUUGUUGAUAGUAGAGGCGAGAAAAUAUGACAGGUAUUUAUUUGUCUCUUGUUGUUUGCUUGUCGCAAUAUGUAUGGUGUGAAGUGGACAUUCUCUACUGAUCAUUGAGGGAGCAAAUGAUUUAUAUGUGUGCUGUUCCAAGCGUGUCAUCGAACUGUGUGUGAAAUAUACUGUGUUCAAUGCUCAAUGAAGACAGUGAAUUCAGUUUGUAUAACAUGUUUGGUUGGCCUGACUUGUUUAUAAAGGUGAUUCCUCCAGAGGCCAUCACACUCACUUGUAGACCUGUUCUCCUCAGGCAACACUGAGGUGCCACCAUCAGUAGAGUGAAUAAUGUUGGGUCCACACUUGCCUUACAAAUGAGUGAUUGCCUCAGUAUGUUUUACACACCAGAUUGACAUAACCACAAGUAGUUUUUUAUGUGUUCAGAGAUACAUUCUUGUAAACCUGCGCAGAGCAGUCAAUGUGUAGCAAAAGGAUUCAACGCUUAGAUUUAUAUUUCUAAAUGACAGACUGUAGUGCAUUAUUUUAUGGAAAAUAACUUUUGUAAAUAAUGUACAUUUGUAAAAACAAAAUUGUACAGAAAAUAACCUUGGGAACUUUGAGUAGUUGAUGGGGAGAGAGUUUAUUAUUAUGUGGGCUGUGCAAGUGUUUCUAAAACAUAUGAUUAGUAUCAACAGUGAUCGGCUAGCAGUGUCAAGCUGGAUAUAGAUGGUGGAUGCAGUCUGAGGUCUAAAUCUCGCACAACCAGCUGAGGCAAGCAGACAGAGAAGCAGCGAAUUGGUGCAUUUCUGAUCUGCACCAAUAACUCUCCCCUUUGCCCAAUUUCUGGACAAAUUGUUUUGAGAAAUUAGAAUCAUUCAGCUGCAGUAAAUGUUAGCACCUUGUCAAUGAUGACAUCUGGCAACAGAUAACCCAACUAUCAAAUUAUACCCUGGUUGUUUAUCCAGUUGCCAAGCUGCAGAAUUGGUGAUGAUCAUAAUGCCACUCGGCCUGGAGGAACUUUAUGUUUACUUGACCAAAAGAGGGAAGUGCCUUCAUCAUUAAGUCAUAGUGGGAGGUUCUGACUGAUGGCUUAUCUCUGGUCCACGUUGGUAAUUAAAAAAUUAGAGAGGGAUCUGUAAUUAUGGCCAAAUUUGUAGUUCAAUAGACUGGGAUAAAAACAUAUGUACAAAUUUUCUGUGAUGAUAAUCAAGACUGCUUUGUACAUAAUAACGUGUAUGUAUUGUUUGUAUCUGUGUAUCAUAUGAGAAGACUUGAUAGUUGUCAAGUGCCUGUGUCUCAUUUAUGCUUAGACAUGUUGUCAGCUUAGCUGAACUAGUUCACCACUGCUACAAUAGCCAGGGGGGAUCUAGGCUAUUGUUCACUUCUUGAGGGGGGCCUGCCUCGGCACCAGCGACCAGGAACCUUGAUUUUACAUUCAAAGGAUAAAGCUUUCGAUGCGUCUGCACGAUGAACAAUACGAGGUGUUAUCAUUGAAAUGCUUCUCUCCUGAUGUGACACAAUGCCAGAUGUUAAGUGGUUUGUGAGCUUUGUUAUAUUCACCCUUCAAUGUUUAGGAAUGGUCACGUCUGCUGGGCCGCUCUGAUGACUAAUGAAAUCCAUCAUAUGUGGAUCAAAAAUCUACUCGGAUCAAUUUCCACUUCAUUUUAAAACCAUUGUCAGACCAAGCUGAUGAAUAUUUUUGAGUAUCAGAAAUGUAUAAUUUUACCAAAACUCCAAAUAUGACACCAAUGUACUGGUAUGGUUGUGUUGGUGAGUUUCAACAAUCUUAGGACAAUUAGACUUGACAUCUGUUGUGAUAUGAUAUUGGCCUGAAGCUGGUGUGUAGUACAUACAUCAUCAAACAUUGAAGGGUUGAUCAUUUUGUAUGCUUUGUUAUAUGAAUAGCACUUGUUGACCAUUUCUGUGCACUUGUCAUAACUGAUUGACUGGGUGCGCAAGCCCAGUCUGCACAAUUAAAAACAGAAAGAAAAAAAUUAAACAAAAUAUAUUUUGAAUG